GGGGCGGCGGCGCUGCGGCAGCGCUGUACCGGGAGCACCGGGAGCCCCGAGAGCGCCGGGACGGCCCCGGGAGCGGCGGCGGCGGCGGCGGCGGCGGUGCGGGGCAUGGCGGGGCUGGGGGGGCUGCGGGCGGGCGGCGGCGGCUGCGUCCCGGCCACCAAGGUGGAGCUGACGGUGUCCUGCAGGCAGCUCCUGGACAAGGACACCUUCUCCAAAUCUGACCCAUGUGAUGUGUGUCCUCUACACCCAGGGACCGGACACCAAGCAGUGGCGGGAGUUUGGCCGCACUGAGGUCAUCGACAACUCCUUGAACCCCGACUUCGUGCGCAAGUUUGUGCUCAAUUACUUCUUCGAGGAGAAGCAGAAUCUGCGCUUCGACCUGUACGAUGUGGACUCCAAAAGUCCCGACCUCUCCAAGCACGACUUCCUGGGCCAGGCCUUCUGCACGCUGGGUGAAAUCGUGGGCUCGUCCGGCAGCCGCCUGGAGAAGCCGCUGACGAUGGGGACGGUUACCGCGCACCCCCGCAGCAGGAAGCCGGCACCAGCCAUGUCCAAUGGGGGCAUCCCGGGCAAGAAGUGUGGCACCAUCAUCCUCUUGGCUGAGGAGCUGGGAAACUGCAGGGACGUGGCCACGCUGCAGUUCUGUGCCAACAAACUGGACAAGAAGGAUUUCUUUGGCAAAUCCGACCCCUUCAUGGUCUUCUACCGCAGCAAUGAGGACGGGACCUUCACCAUCUGCCACAAGACGGAGGUGAUGAGGAACACGCUGAACCCCGUCUGGCCGGCCUUCGCCAUCCCGGUGCGCGCCCUCUGCAACGGCGACUACGACCGAGCCAUCAAGGUGGAGGUGUACGACUGGGAUCGUGAUGGCAGCCACGACUUCAUCGGUGAGUUCACCACCAGCUACCGGGAGCUGGCGCGGGGGCAGAGCCAGUUCAACGUCUACGAGGUGGUGAACCCCCGGAAGAAGAUGAAGAAGAAGAAGUACCUGAACUCGGGGACGGUGACACUGCUGUCCUUCGCCGUGGAGUCCGACCACACAUUCCUGGACUACAUCCGGGGCGGGACCCAAAUCAACUUCACGGUGGCCAUCGACUUCACUGCAUCCAACGGCAACCCCUCGCAGUCCACCUCCCUGCACUACCUGAGCCCCUACCAGCUCAACGCCUACACCAUGGCGCUGAGGGCGGUGGGGGAGAUCAUCCAGGACUACGACAGCGAUAAGAUGUUCCCCGCGCUCGGCUUCGGCGCCAAGAUCCCACCCGAUGGGCGCGUGUCCCACGAGUUCCCACUGAAUGGUGACGCGGCCAACCCAUCGUGCAGUGGCAUUGAGGGCAUCCUGGAGGCUUACCACCGCAGCCUGCGCAGCGUUCAGCUCUAUGGCCCCACCAACUUCGCCCCUGUGGUCAACCAUGUGGCCCGCUCAGCAGCGGCUGUGCCGGAUGGAUCGCAGUACUUCGUGCUGCUCAUCAUCACCGAUGGGGUCAUCUCGGACAUGGCACAGACCAAGGAGGCCAUCGUCAAUGCAGCCAAGCUCCCCAUGUCCAUCAUCAUUGUGGGGGUCGGCCAGGCUGAGUUUGACGCCAUGGUGGAAUUGGACGGGGAUGACAUCCGCAUCUCCUCCCGUGGGAAGGUGGCUGAGAGGGACAUUGUGCAGUUUGUCCCCUUCCGCGACUACACGGACCGGGGGGGCAGCCAGGUGCUGAGCAUGGCACGCCUGGCCAAGGACGUGCUGGCUGAGAUCCCCGAGCAGUUCAUCUCCUACAUGAAGGCUCACGGCAUCAAACCACAGCCUGCACCCCCCAGCCCCGACCCCCCCGGGCCCCCCCCACCCUCCCAGCCCUGACCCCAUGUCCACCCCCCCCCCCACCCCCAAACCCCCGGGUGACACCUGGGGACACACAGGUACCGACCUCUGCCCUGAGGUCACGGGUAAAUCUCAGCCACUCACUGCCAGCCCCCCCCCCCCCCAAUGGAAAUUGGGAUUUUUGGGGGUCCCAGGAUGGGUGGGGGGGGGGCAUUUCCCACCCGCUGUGUUAUCCUGGCCCCAGGACCCCGCAUGUCUCUCCUCCAUCCCCUGGCUGUGCUGUCCCUUCGCAGCAAGGAGUGGGGGGGGGGGCCAAGGGGGGGUCCUGGGUGUCCCCCCCCCCCCCAAGUUAUUUUUCUACGUGCAUGGAUGUGUUGUGUGCCCACGGUGCGUUGCCUUAAUCUGCAAUAAACGAUGGAAUUUUUAAUCACCCCCCCCCCCCCCAAACCCCCUUCCCCAUUGGGUGCCCCCCCCCCCCCCCCCCACACACAGCUGCUCACACAGGGUCCAUUUCGCCUUUAUUAUUUCUAAGAACCCAAAAUAUUGCAAAUAUACAGAAAAAUGCCGGUAUAAAGUUAUCACACGUCCGGGUUUAUUUACAGAGCUCUACAUGGCCCCCCCCCACACCCCCCCCCCCAACCCUGCCACCACCCAGCUCUGAGUUGGGGGGGGGGAGGGGGGGGGCAGGGGGGUUAUGGCAUCUCCCUAUGGGGGGGGCAUGCACCGGCCCCACUGCGGCGCUGCAGAAGCGCAUGCAAGCAGCCCCCCCUGCACACACCCCUAUACUGUGGGGUGGGGGGGGGGGGG